CAUCGACUGAUCCAGUCCGGUCCUCCACCCUCCGCCGUUUCCCCGCAAACGCCUCUCGCAGAUGAACACAAAUAAACUGCGAACAAAAUACUAAAAAAGAACCAUAAUUUCUGUUUCUCUCUCGCCAUGCCGUGGUUUAGGAAUCUGAUCCAUCUCUCGAUCGCCACCGCCUGCAAAAGAUCACCAUCGCGCAAGGCGGUGUUCCCAGCGGCGUCGCCGCCUCCGUCUCUGACCCAGAUUUUUCUGUUCAGCACACAAGCUGCCUCGCCCACGGCGGCGGUGUCUGGGGCAAGGCGGCGUACUGGUGGUGGGGUAGGGCAAGCGGGACUGGGGCCGACGAAGGGGGAUGAGAAACCCAGAGUGGUGGUGCUGGGGACCGGGUGGGCUGGGUGUCGGCUGAUGAAGGGUAUCGACGCCAGCAUGUACGACAUCGUUUGCGUGUCGCCGAGGAACCACAUGGUAUUCACUCCUCUUCUAGCCUCCACCUGCGUCGGCACCCUGGAGUUCCGGUCGGUUGCUGAGCCUAUUGGGCGGAUCCAAUCCGCCAUUUCCCGGGAACCCAAUUCUUAUUUCUUCCUGGCUAACUGUUCUGGAAUUGAUUUCAACAACCACGUGAUAAACUGCCAAACGGUUACGGAUGGAGUGGAGACGUUAGAUCCAUGGAAGUUCAGUAUCACGUAUGACAAGUUGGUUGUGGCUGCCGGAGCCAGAGCCUUAACAUUUGGGAUAAAGGGUGUGGAGGAGCACGCUAUCUUUCUUCGGGAAGUUCACCAUGCCCAAGAAAUAAGGAGAAAACUCCUGCUUAACCUCAUGCUUUCUGAUGUGCCUGGAGUUAGUGAAGAAGAAAAGCGCAGACUCCUACACUGUGUUGUGGUGGGAGGUGGCCCCACUGGAGUUGAGUUCAGCGGGGAACUCAGCGACUUCAUCAAGAGGGAUGUUCAUCAAAGAUAUGCUCAUGUCAAAGAUUAUAUUCACGUCACAUUAAUCGAGGCAAAUGAGAUAUUGUCUUCCUUUGAUGACCGUCUUCGUACUUAUGCCACCAAACAAUUGACCAAGUCAGGAGUUCGUCUAGUACGUGGUGUGGUAAAAGAUGUGCUGGCUGAGAAGAUAAUUCUGAGUGAUGGCACGGAGGUACCUUAUGGCUUGUUAGUGUGGUCGACUGGAGUUGGACCCUCUUCAUUUGUCGAAUCUCUCGAUAUUCCCAAAGUCCGUGGAAGGAUAGGGAUUGAUGAAUGGCUACGUGCCCCUAGUGUGGAGGAUGUAUUUGCAAUUGGGGACUGCUCGGGCUUCCUUGAAAGUACAGGCAAGCCUGUGCUUCCAGCUUUGGCUCAGGUUGCAGAGCGACAAGGGAAAUACCUUGCGACACUAUUGAACAGAGUUGGGAAAGCUGGUGGUGGGAAAGCGAGCGCGGCGAAGGACAUCAACCUUGGGGAUCAGUUUGUUUACAGACACUUGGGCAGCAUGGCUACGAUUGGUCGCUGUAAGGCUCUAGUUGACCUCAGGCAGAGCAAGGAGGGGAAAGGGGUGUCCCUUGCAGGAUUCACUAGUUGGUUCAUUUGGAGAUCGGCUUAUCUGACUCGAGUCAUCAGCUGGAGGAACAGAUUCUAUGGGGACGAAGCUCUUCGUGACUGUGGGCAAAGGAACAGAACACUCUCCCGCAGUCCGACCCGUACGUGCAGAGUCUGGUUUGGAAUCGGUCUGGGUGAUACCAGGUCUCCAAAACCCCAUGGGAGUAGUGACAGUUGUCUCCCCGCGGGCACAUCCGGCGGCGCCCGUGGUAAUAGCGACAGGGAAUGUGCCGGUAUGAGUGCAUGUUCGGGUCCCGCCUUCUUUUCCUCUCCUCAGGGUGAUAAAAGGGGCAGCGCAACCAGCUGUGGCAGCGUCGUAAGGAUUAGUGUGUGUUGGGGGCCUAACAAGUGGUAUCAGAGCCAAGAGUUGCAGUCUAGAGAGGAAGAAGAUAGAGCAAGGAGCAAGAGAAGGGUGUGCCACUUCAGCGGAGGAGGUGGUGGUCCAGUCAGCAGAGGGGAGACUAUCAAGGAUGAAGAGCAAGGGCUGCUUCUACUGGCUUCACUACCAAAAUCCUUUAAGCCGUUUGUGCAGUCAAUGAUAGCAGGAAGGACUACACUGCGACUAGAUGAGGUGACGACUGCCUUGAAGGAGAGUCAAAGGAUGAUGGGAGGUGAAGAGUCUUCCGGGGACAGUCAUUUACUAGCUGCUGUGAGUGUUGAGAAAGGGAGGAAGAAGAAGAGUGACCAACUUGGGAGAAGAUCUCAGCUGAGAGACAUGAGCACUGUUAGGUGCUAUUACUGUGAAAAGUUGGGUCACACGAAGAACGGUUGUCCAAAACUCAAGGAGGACUUGCAGAUCCUAAAGGAGAAGAAGAGCAAAUCGAAGGAAGCUUCUUUCGCAAAUGUGAUCACUUAUGAAGAUGAUCUCUUCUGAAGAUAAGAGAAUAAAAAAGUUUAAGUCCAAACCUUGCAAGCUUAUUGCCACUCGUCGCCCGGGCUCACUGUUCGCCUUCCUACUCACUGUUCGCCUUCCUACUCACUCAGUACUGGUACGGUUUCCUCCGGUCCGUCCCGAACCCGCAAAAAUAUCCGGUUCGCCGCCGUCCCCGAGCGGGAGACUUCACCGACUUCUUCAGAGACCCCCAGACAGAUCUGGAAGCAAUCGGAAAAUGAGAUAUUGUCUUCCUUUGAUGACCGUCUUCGUACUUAUGCCAUCAAACAAUUGAUUAAGAUUUCAAAGUAUUGGGAAUUUUGCAGCAUCAAUGAAGUCCAGCAGUGAAAUGAUCAUCUUCACUUGCUCUCUGCAGAAUGGCUGAAGGAAGGAAGGGGACAACAGGUGGCCUAAUGGUCUGAUGAUCAUGAACACGAUUCAUAGCUUGUGGCGCGACAGCAGCAGAAGAGGAUUAGGCUGCACCACACAAGCAGAAGAGGAUGAGGCAUUAUAAUCAUUCGUAUUCGUAUUGUUAAU